AUGACUUCAAGGUUGGACAGGCUCCUCCUUCUACUUGACACUGGCUCCUCGACAUCAGUAAGGAAUACCGCUGCUAAACAAUUGGCUCAAUUGGCUGUCAAGAGCGUCAUAAGCGAUGUCGCCAUUGUGGAAGAUGACUUCAAAUCCAAUCGCCAGUCAGUGGCUCUCGCAGAUCGCUCCUCGUGGGCUGAGUUGAUGGCUGUGGUGGCGAGGAUUAUUCCAUUCUUGCAUUCGAAAUCCUUUGAAUCUCGGAUCGCAGCUUCCGUUGCACUUUCGCAAAUAUUCACUUUAGUUCCAGUUUGGAAGCCCGCACCAGUGGAGGAUGAUGCCAUGACUACCGAUGCCCUCCCUUUACCAGAAUAUCCUAUCUUUUCACUCCGCGAACUGAUUCUCCAGGGUAAUCUUUUGUUGGCUUCCUCGGGGAAGGAAUUUACGAAACCAACCGGAAUCCUAUCAAGUGCGGCCGAGGUUAAGAAAGCGAGAAAAGAGGCUAUGGGACGGCUUGGCCUUGAAUUCUUAGAGAUCGUAGCAGACGAUAUUGGUUUGGACAAAGAGUUGGCGGCAGAUAUGGAGGUUGACAUGGACGAAAAUCCUCUUCCUCCCCCUCCUGAUUCGGCGGACGGCAUUGAAGUUCUUGCUGCCAUGGACCUGUCAACCUCGGAAAAUCAAGAUCCUUCUCCACAAACACGCACUGUGACACCUACUAUGCCUUCUCCAACCGAUUCCCAUGAUCAUGUUGCUCAAGAAGCGGAUGUUGGCGCUUUAUCUGCUCGAGAACGUAACCGACUCAAACGGAAACGGAAGCCCGGUAACUCCGCUUUCGUGGUUGCGCCGCCUCCCCAGUCGACGGGGGCAAAAUAUAGCGCAGCGCCCACUGGUUCUUCUCACAAAGCACGUUUGAUUUCUUCUGACGACAAAAAUUCCGUUUCACGGAUAAACAGCCCCGCGCCCUGCACUAAAGACCCACCGUCCGAAAAAGUCAUCAUUGAUCCUACAAAAGGUGGCGCGGUUUCUCCCAAAGCAGCAAAACAGUCGAAAGCACUUGAAGUAGAACCUGGUUGUUGGAUCUGGGAUGGCGUCGUGAAGGUUCUUGAGGUGGACCUAUUCAGCGCUGCAUGGGAAGUUCGACACGGAGCUGCCAUGGCGUUACGUGAAUUGCUCCGAGUACAGGGAAAGUGUGGCGGUAUGAAAGAUGGUUUGGCUUGGACUGAAAAUGAGAUUGCUCAUGAAAAGUGGUGCAAUGACUUAUCUGCCAAGUUCCUUUGUAUUUUCGUCCUUGACCGCUUUGGAGAUUUUGUGUCAGAUCAGGUAGUCGCGCCUGUCCGCGAAACCGUGUCUCAAACGCUCGCCUCCCUCCUGAUUCAUAUGCCUCAACGCUCCCUUCUCCAUGUGCACGCUGUUUUGUUACAAAUGAUUCGCCAGGACUUCAAUCUUUCCAUUAACGGGAAGCUCAAAACAGAACCAAUUGAACGAAACCAUGUUUGGGAAGUGAGGCAUGCAGGACUCCUUGGGAUCAAGUAUGAAGUUGCUGUGCGCCAUGAUCUAUUCGACACAGAGCUGAAAACUGAAGAAAGUGGGGGCGCAAGCCAGAAUGUGCUUCAAGAUGUUGUCGAUGCUGCCAUACUUGGCUUGGGGGAUAAAGACGAUGAUGUUCGAUCUGUAGCAGCUUCAUGUUUACUCCCAGUGGCCAAACACAUGGUAACUCGCCUUUCUGGCUCCCUUGGACAAGUCCUCGUCGUUUUGUGGCGCUGUUUAUGCGAUAUGAAGGACGAUCUGAGCUCGAGUGUCGGGGCCGUCAUGGAGCUUCUUGGCAGUGGCACCAUUUCUCCAAACUGGUGCCAUGUGCUGAGGGGUUUAUCAUUAAGGCUUCCUCUGUCUACCCUUGCCCAAACUUUGUUCCCUUUCUUCCGGCAUACUAUACCGAAUGUCCGACUUGCUGUCGUAAAAACGUUGCACUCCUUCAUGGACGUCUCAUCUCUUCCAAAAGAUUGGGUUGCCACUGCGUUGCUCCGUUUGUUGUUCCAAAACCUCAUUUCAGAGGAACGUGAAGAUAUACGCAAUGCAAGCCUAUCUGCUUGGCGUAGAGCACUUAGCAUUCUACCACGUUCAGCGGAGGUGAUGGAGUUAUCCAUCAGUCAACAACUACUUUUGGAUUGGUAUGCCGCCAUGAUGACUCCCAUUGGAGUAGCAAUAAAUUCUUCCACAUUUUACCAUCCCUUGACAGCGAAUGACGGUGAUGUUCUCCCUGAGCGUCAUAACGUUGAUAAGAACAUGCUAGCUCAAGAUUUGUCACUGGUGAGCACUGAGGUGACACUUAAAGCCAGAGUCGCCGCGGCCACAGCCUUGGCCACAUUAAUGAUGUUUUGGCCCUCUGAGCUCCUGGACCAAUGUUUUCGGCCCAUACUUAACCACUACAUGGACUCUACCAGUAUGCUACAAAAGUUUUUGGCAGCCAUCAUCGCCGAAGAGUGGGCUCAAGAACAUGCUUUAAAUACUCUCAAGCUGCCUUUGCGCCCUCCUCUUUUGGAAUCAUCGACUCUCGCUGUGGAAUUGAGCGUCAAAACAUUGUCCUGGCUUCAAGAGAAACCACCGGCUGCUUAUCACGAAAUGGCUUUUGCCCUUAGUCGCAUCCAUACAGAGUGUACUGGACUUCUUCAAUCCUUCGCAACCGACUGCAAGCUGCCCAUGUCCUCGAUUCCUUUUCUUGGCAGCGAAAUCGAUUUAUCAGGCUCGAAGCCAGAUUGUUUUACGAUCGAGACUGCGCAGGCGGCGGUUGGCAGCAUGUAUUCUAGGCUAAAAGAUAGCCUUGGCCGUACCAAAAAGCGGGAGCUUGCCUUGAUCAGUGACAAGAGAAACAACGUCGUGGCGAGCAUUGAUCGUUACAUUGAUGUUAAGGCGCAACACGAUAUUCGGGUAUCUGCCGCUUUUGCUGCGGCCUUUGUAGCGUUUAAAAGCACACCAGAUAAAGUCAGUCCAGUCGUUAAAGGUAUCAUGAAUGGAAUCAAGAGCGAAGAAAAUCUGGAUUUACAGACUCGUUCUGCGGCGGCCGUGGCGUCUUUUGUCGACUUUUGUACAACUCACAAUAUCGCGCAACCCCCUGACAAGAUCGUCAAAAACCUCUGCACUUUCCUUUGUCAAGAUGCUGAGCAAACUCCGACAUUCGCAUUUAUGCGCAAGCAGACUGACGGAAUCUUGUCUUUCUCGACCUUAACGGAUAUUCCUCCACCUGCCCAAGGCCGUAGUGCCAAAGAGCCCAUCAAAGAUUCCCAACCCGACCCAAUAAAAGUUGAAGAAGCUCGAAAGGCCCGCCUUUCUAGACGUGGUGCUUGCCUAGCCUUUACUCAAUUGUCCGCCACCUUUGGUCCACGUUUGCUAGAAGUCAUCCCAAAUAUGUGGCAAUUCAUGGCUGGAGGUCUCCUCAGUGCAUUUCAGUCUGAAUCUGCACAAACAGCGGAUAUUUUGAUCGAAAAACAAUAUGGUCAAGACGUCAUCGAUUCUCUCAGCGUUUUGGAGGCCGUUGCACCAACAUUCCAUGAGAAGCUGUGGUCCAACCUUGCCCAGACGUUCCCAAUGAUGGAUUUGGCAAUUCGGAGCCGAUUCGCUAUAAUUCGCCAAUCCGCUGCAAGGUGUUUUGCCACCAUUUGUGAUGUCAUGACGACGGAUGCUAUGCGAUAUGUGAUUGAGCACCUAGUUCCCCUUCUCAACGAUCCUCUGGUGUUGUCCAACAGACAAGGAGCAAUUGAAUUAAUAUAUCAUAUCGUGCAACGGUUGGAUAUUAAAGCCCUCCCUUAUGUUAUUUUCAUGGUGGUACCGGUGCUGGGUAGGAUGAGUGACUCCGACGACGAAAUUCGGUCAACCGCAACGAAUACCUUCGCAUCGCUUGUUAAGAUGGUUCCUCUGGAGGCUGGUCUUCCCGAUCCUCCCGGCUUUUCGCCUGAUCUGCUGAAACGGCGAGACGCAGAACGCCAAUUUUUGGCUCAGCUUCUUGAUGGGUCGAAAGUGAACCAAUAUACUAUGCCUGUGACUAUCAAGGCAGAAUUGCGAAAGUAUCAGCAAGAGGGUGUCAACUGGUUGGCUUUUCUUGCCAAAUAUCAACUUCAUGGCAUUCUUUGCGACGACAUGGGCUUGGGAAAGACUUUGCAAUCUAUUUGUAUUUUAUCAAGCAAGCACUUCGAGAGGGCUGAACGCCAUCGAGCGACAAACUCCCAAGAUUCUGUUCACCUGCCUUCACUUAUUAUCUGUCCUCCAACGCUUACUGGCCAUUGGUACUACGAGAUCCUGAAGUACGCCGACAACCUGCUGCCUAUUCUCUAUACAGGGAACUCUCGAGAGCGCACCCGGUUGCUAUCGAAAUUACACUCGUUUGAUGUCGUAAUCACCUCAUAUGAGGUUGUUCGGAACGACAUUUCGAACCUGGAAGAUCUUCAUUGGCUCUACUGUGUCCUGGAUGAGGGCCACGUUAUCAAAAACUCCAAGACAAAACUGACAAAGGCCGUGAAAUGUAUACGGGCGCAGCACCGUCUCAUCCUCUCGGGGACGCCAAUACAGAAUAAUGUGCUAGAGCUUUGGAGUCUCUUCGAUUUUCUGAUGCCCGGGUUCCUUGGAACAGAAGCUUCCUUCAACGAACGAUUUGGGAAGCCGAUUUUAUCCAACCGCGAUGGGAAGGCCAAGAACAGUGAAGCGGCUGCUCUGGCGUUGGAAGCAUUGCACAAACAGGUUUUGCCCUUUUUGUUGCGGCGGCUGAAAGAGGACGUGCUGCACGACCUGCCGCCCAAAAUCAUACAAGACUAUUACUGCGAACUUUCGGAGUUACAAAAGUACCUUUACGACGAUUUCUCGAAAUCUAAAGCACGAACGUCCGCUGAAGACACAAUCCAGGCAUCUCUAUCAACUAAACCGGAAGGUGGCCAGCAGCAUGUUUUCCAAUCUUUGCAAUAUCUCCGAAAGCUCUGUAAUCAUCCAGCUCUUGUUCUUAAAAGCAACAAGGAAGUCAUCAGUGCUGCGUUGGAGAAUGCGAAUGUUCAGGGUGAUGGACUCAACGACAUCAGAAACGCUCCAAAGCUGUUGGCUCUCAAACAACUCUUAUUAGAUUGCGGGAUCGGAGGUUCUGCAAUUGCAAGCGCCGAUUCACAAAAAAGUGAACUCAUCGACACAGUCGAAGAACCCGGUAGUUCAUUCUCACAACAUCGCGUUCUUAUCUUCUGCCAGAUGAAGCAAAUGCUUGAUAUCAUAGAAAGCGAUCUUUUCAAGGUUCACAUGCCGUCGGUGACGUAUAUGCGAUUAGAUGGAGCAACGGAUGCUGGCAAGCGACACGCAAUUGUGCAAACAUUCAACUCGGAUCCUAGUAUUGACUGUCUGCUGCUAACCACGCAUGUUGGUGGUUUAGGCCUGACAUUGACUGGUGCUGAUACGGUCAUUUUUGUUGAGCAUGAUUGGAACCCUAUGAAGGAUUUGCAGGCCAUGGACAGAGCGCAUCGAAUUGGACAGAAAAAAGUCGUAAACGUCUAUCGGCUCAUCACCAAAGGCACACUUGAAGAAAAAAUCAUGGGAUUACAACGAUUCAAACUCAACAUUGCACACUCUGUGGUCACGCAACAAAAUUCUGGGUUAUCAUCUAUGGAUACAGAUCUUGUUUUGGACCUCUUUCGCCGAACGAGCGAGGAGGAAGAUGCAGCUGCGGCUGCUAACAAGGCAAAACAAGCGAGCGGCCCCAUCAGUCAGAAAAAUCUGCUGCUUGGUUUAGAGGAAUUGCCUGAAGACGAGUACGAAGGUUUAGAUUUGACUGCUUUCUUGGGUUCUCUUGGAGAAUGAGCAUACAUAUCAUUAUUGUUUGAAUUAAAUUUGGGGCCUUCUUUCGAAGAACGCCAGCUAGUCAACGUUCGCGGUACGGCCGCUGGAGCGGAGGGACCAAAGAACUA